CUCUUUUCUAUUAAUAAUUUCAGUAUUAUUUUUCAUAAUGCCUCCUAUCGAUUUACCAUUGGACACUUUGACAUGCUAUUUCGUGCGCCACGGCGAACGCACAGACCACGUAGACGAUACAUGGGCGGCAACAUCCUCAGCGCCCCAUGACCCGCCACUGACGCCCCAAGGCCGCCUACAAGCAGAGAAGACAGGAGCGCUAAUCUACGAGCUGGAAACAAGCCACAUCAAUGGCCUCAGCCCAGAUACUGCGAGCAACACAGACUAUCUAGUUCUCACUUCGCCCUUUCUGCGCUGCGCACAGACAUCCGAGGGGCUCUGCUCUGGGUUCCAGCAAAGACACCAAAAGCCUACUAGUUGGAAAAUCUCCGUUGAGCCGGGGCUUUCCGAGGUCAUGAGAGAAGGUUAUUUCGACCAGCAAGUGCCCGACUCUUUAAUCCAUAGCUGCAUCAGCAGCAUUCAGAACGGAAAAGCGUGCACAAAUAUGCCGUAUAGUGGCGCAUAUGUGGCGGCGAGCUCGGUGAUGCCGGCGUAUCCAGAGGGAUUUCAGGACAUGAUGGCCCGGUUCGUGUCGACACUCGAUCAUGCAGUCAGCUGGCAGAUUGGACAGGUAACCAAGGCUAAGGUGCUGGGAAGGGAGACACGAAGGGUUGUUUUAGUGUUUGUCACGCAUGGGGCUGGAAUCAGCUCCUUGCUCUGGGCAACCACAUUGCAGCUGGGGUCCAACGACGUGGACUACUGCUGUCUGACCAGGGCGCACAUUGUGAAUCGAAAGAAUAUGCUGCCAUUGCCCAAGUUUGGCACAUCGCGAGCCCCCGCAUUCUCUUGGUCGGUCAGCCACCGGGCAUACGCCAAGCACCUGGCGAACCUAUAGCAACAAAGUAUUUCUUUAAUAUAUAAUAAGAUCAUU